AUGCUUCCUCUCUUCAACAAAGUGAUUCCUCUCUUCUUCAAAGUACUUCCUCUCUUGAUCAAGAUGCUUCCUCACUCCAUCAUGCAGCUUCCUCUCUUCAUCAAGAUGCUUCCUCUCUUCAUCAAAGUACUUCCUCUCUUGAUCAAGAUGCUUCCUCUCUUCUUCAAAGUGCUUCCUCUCUUCUUCAAGAUGCUUCCUCUCUUCUUCAAAGUACUUCCUCUCUUGAUCAAGGUGCUUCCUCUCUUCAUCAUGCAGCUUCCUCUCUUGAUCAAGGUGCUUCCUCUCUUCAUCAUGCAGCUUCCUCUCUUCUUCAAGAUGCUUCCUCUCUUCAUCAUGCAGCUUCCUCUCUUCUUAAAAGUACUUCCUCUCUUCAUCAAGAUGCUUCCUCUCUUCAUCAAGAUGUUCCUCUCUUCAUCAUGCAGCUUCCUCUCUUCUUCAAAGUGCUUCCUCUCUUCAACAAAGUGA